AAUGGCUGGCUUGAGAUGUGAUGAAGGAGAUGGGAGGCCAUCACAUCACGGGCCUCUGUGUGCUCAAGUGGGGCUAUAAAUUCUUUGCUGACCUGCUGGAUUACAUCAAAGCACUGAACAGAAAUAGUGAUAGAUCUAUUCCCAUGACUGUAGAUUUUAUCAGACUGAAAAUCUACUGUAAUAAGCAGUCAACAGGUGACAUAAAAGUAAUUGUUGGAGAUAGUCUCUCAACUUUAACUGGAAAGAAUUUCUUGAUUGUUGAAGAUACAAUUGACACUGACAAAACAAUGCAGACCUUGCUUUCCUUGGUCAAGCAGCAUAAUCCAAAGAUGGUCAAGGUUGCAAGCUUGCUGGUGAAAAGGACCCCUCGAAGCAUUGGUUAUAGACCAGACUUUGCUGGAUUUGAAAUUCCAGACAAGUUUGUUAUAGGAUAUGCCUUUGACUAUAAUGAAUACUUCAGGGAUUUGAAUCAUGUUUGUGUCAUUAGUAAAACUAGAAAGGCAAAAUACAAAGCCUAAGAUGAGAGUUCGA